AUGGCUGAGACAGAGCCAAAGUGGAAAAUUGCCAUAGGGUGCGAUGAUGCCGGUGUCACGUAUAAGAACGCAAUAAAAAGGGACUUUGAGAACGACCCCCGAGUUGAACUUGUCGAAGACGUCGGUAGCCAUGACCACGACGACAAGACAGCGUAUCCUCAUCGCGCUGCCACGGCAGCUCUACUUGUAGCGGAGGGUAAAGUAGACCGAGCACUGCUCAUCUGCGGCACAGGCCUUGGUGUUGCCAUCUCAGCAAACAAGAUCAAGGGCAUUCGGGCGGUUACUGCACAUGAUAGUUUCAGCGUCGAGCGAGCUGUGAUGAGCAAUAACGCACAGGUGUUGUGCAUGGGCGAGAGAGUCGUAGGCUUGGAGGUUGCACGGCGACUUGCCAAGGAAUGGCUAGGAUACCGCUUCGAUCACGGAAGCGCAAGCGCAAAGAAGGUGGAAGUGAUUACCCAGUUGGAGGACAAGCAUCUGGUCAAUGGGGAAGUGUCAACCGGUGCGCAGUAA